AGUAGAUUUGUUCAGUUUUUGCUUUCAUCAUUUCUUUAGAGUUCAAAUUUCAAAACAAAAUUCUUCUCUUUUACAGUAAGCAAUAAUGGCUGGUAGAGGAAAAACCCUAGGUUCAGGAGCUGCAAAGAAGGCUACAUCCCGUAGUAGCAAAGCCGGUCUUCAAUUUCCGGUCGGUCGUAUCGCCCGUUUUCUUAAAGCCGGCAAGUAUGCCGAGCGUGUCGGCGCCGGAGCUCCGGUUUACCUCGCUGCUGUCCUUGAAUACCUUGCUGCUGAGGUGCUAGAAUUGGCUGGAAAUGCAGCGCGAGACAACAAGAAGACGAGAAUAGUGCCAAGGCAUAUUCAAUUGGCAGUGAGAAAUGACGAAGAACUCAGCAAACUCCUUGGAGAUGUUACAAUUGCAAAUGGUGGAGUCAUGCCCAACAUUCACAACCUUUUGCUCCCUAAGAAAUCUGGUGCUUCCUCUAAGCCCUCUGUUGAUGAAGAUUAGACUUGGUUUCAUAGUAGCUGUUCUUUGUUUUAGAAUUUAGGAUCUUAGGUUUUGUUUAGUGUUUUCUAAGUUCUUGUUUUUUAAUAUUGUUUGGUUAAUUAGUUGGUAGGGGUUUAUGUUGGUUUGUGAAUACAAAUGAAACAAUGAACGAAGACCUGUGUCUAUUUUCUUCUCGUUGAACUCAGUAUCUCCUUACUGUGAGAUUGAAAUCAAUCUAUGUUAAUGGAAAAUACCUUCCUUAAA